CAAUCCGUUGGUGUGUUUUACAGUUCACAUACACUUUCAACAUGCCAGAACCGAGCGGCAAUGAAAACAGCAACACAAACCUCUAUCUGCGCCUGCAGCAAUCACAGCUGGUUCGCGCCAACAUACAAAACAUUUCGCAGUUCCUCAACACCGGUCUCAGUCUGGAGACGCUCGACAUUUGCGUGAAGCUGCUAGAAGCCGGCGUCCAUCCACAGUCCCUCUCAGAAGCUGUCAUCCAGAUACGUAACGAACUGGCCGCACUAAACAAUGGACAGUCGGGCGAGUAAAUCUGUCCAAAUAAAUCUUUA